AUGGCUGCUACAUCUGGGAUAGUUGAGGAGGACACACAGGUGUCUUCUAGUGAUAACAUUCAUCCUAGGCUGGAUGUCUAUGUGUGGGACAUGGAUGAGACCCUUAUAUUACUCAAUUCCUUGCUGAAAUCAUCAUAUGCCGAGGCUUUUAAUGGGCUGAAGGAUGCGCAAAAAGGCCUCGAGCUUGGGAAGAUGUGGGAAAAUCUCAUUCUACAAUUGUGCGAUGAUAAUUUUUUCUACGACCAAAUUGAAAAUUACAAUAAGCCAUUUCUUGAUAUUAUGUCCAAAUAUGAUGAUGGGAGGGACCUAUCUGAUUAUGACUUCAACAAAGAUGAAUUAGGCCCCCCACAUGAUGAUGUCAACAAAAGAAAACUUGCAUAUAGGCAUCGAGUUAUAGCCCAAAAAUACUUGCAGGGUUUACAUAAUAUUUUAGAUCAUGAGACAAUAAAAGUAUGGGAUGAUUUGUAUGGUAAAACUGAUGAAUAUACUGACAAAUGGCUUUCAUCAGCACGGGCCUUUUUGGAAGAGUGUUCCGGUGAAAAGAAAGAUGUGGUUUCUUCCACCGCUUAUGGUAACACAAGCACUGACUCAACUAAUGCAAAGCAUCAACGUGUAAAUGUUCUGGUGACAUCUGGAUCGUUGAUACCAUCUCUGGUAAAAUGCCUGCUCUUUCAUCUCGACAGCUUAAUAACACAUGAAAAUGUGUAUAGUUCCUGGGAUGUGGGGAAAACUCAAUGUUUUCGAUGGAUCAAGGAGCGUUUCAACCAUUCCAAUGUUCGCUUUUGUGUGAUCGGAGACGGAUGGGAAGAAUGUGAAGCUGCAGAAAUCAUGAGAUGGCCAUUUAUUAAGAUUGACCCACGGCCAGGAAAGCCUCAUAGGUUCCCUGGUCUCACAUCCAAAACAGUUGGCCACUAUUUUUCUGUGGUGUAUCCAAACAACAAGAUCAACGAAGAAUGA